UUUUUUUUUUCUUGUUGUUGAUUGUUGUUUUAUUAUACCAUGCAACGUUCACUAUCUCAAUCCAUUUGUUUAUGUUCUAGAUUGAAUAUUAUAAGAUGUAAACCAACUUUUAUUAGUUCUUAUAGUACAGCAUCUGUCUUUCGACCACCACCAAGCAAACUUCAUAUGAACAACAAGAAUAAAUCAUCAAUAUCCAAUGGAAGUCGUUUAGCCGCUGUAAAGGACUUAUUUCAAGUUACAACCGAUGUUAAAUCAUCCAAACCAACCAUCCCAUCAGCAACAACAUCAACAAAAGGAAAACCAGCGGCAGUAGGAACAGGACGUUCACGACGAGACGAAGAAAUUACUAGUCGAUGGAUAACAUUUGUAGAUCAGGAAGGUCAAGUACAUCAACGACAACGAUUGGAAAGUACAUUACAGUCAUUUGAUCGCCAACUUUAUUUCUUGGUGGAAGUGGAUCCUACUGCCAAACCACCUGUGUGUCGUUUGUUUGAAAAGAAACAUUUAUUUGAUAAGCAAAAAGCCAAUAAGAAGAAGAAAACUGUCAGCUCGGAACAAAUCACCAAGGAAAUUGUAUUUGGAUGGAACGUUAGUUUACAUGAUAUGGGUCACAAACUAGGCAAGGCUAUUCAAUUCUUAGAUAAGGGGAACAAGGUCAAGAUCGAGAUUGUCUAUAAAAAAGGUCAGAAAAGAGUUGAUAAGGAAACACAACAACAAGUCAUUGCUCAAGUUCAACAACAAUUGAAUGCGUACAAACUGGCAAAACCUCCUACUCUCUCUGGUGCAAACUGUAUGAUGCAAUUUGAACAAAAGAAAUGAUAGAUUAUUAGAAUUAGAUUAGAAAAUAAAAAAAAAAAAAUAAAAAA